AUUACAAGCAAAAUCCCAUUGCGCGAUGCAUUGAGCAAGUUUACUAAUUGACCAAACCUCGAGCACGUUUCGCGUGAUACAGGCAUAAAACACUUCCCUGCUGUUUGUUUGUUUCUCCCUUUGUCUGAACCUUGAUAGUGUUAUUCCUGUGACGGAGGAGUGCUGCGCGUUUCCCGAGUUCAUACCCUGCCUAACUACCGAGAUAUUGAUAUCGAUAGUUCGCAGCUGCGCACAAAUACCUCAGCCUCACCACCCCCCCAGAUCGACCGUCUCGGCCUCGCCCCUCACAAGACAAAUACUAAACAACCACAACUACUGUGCAUAUAUAGUACAGCACCCAUCCCAUCCUGCGGAACAAUUUCCUCUCCCACAUAUACACCCACAUACACGAACUCACGUACAUCUCUCGGCCCCACGAAAGUCACUGUUACUCUCGCGACUGAAUCCCUCCAUCCUCCCACCUCCAAAGACGCAAUGGCCGAACACCACUACAAGUUCAACGUGACAAUGACCUGCGGGGGCUGCUCCGGCGCCGUCGAGCGCGUCCUCAAGAAACUCGAUGGCGUCAAGGACUACAAGGUGUCGCUGGACACGCAGACCGCAGACGUGACCACAGAAGACUCGGUCUCAUACGAGACGGUGCUCGAAAAGAUCAAGAAAACCGGCAAAGCCGUAAACUCGGGCGAGGCCGACGGCGUCACCAUGUCCGUUUAAGAUCUUGGAGGGCGGCAAGGCGCAUGGCUGCGUUAUUUGGGUUACUACAUACACGACCCGGUCUGCGCUGGUGGGUGGAUUUCAUACGAGCGAGACGAUUCAAAGAAAGCCAGUGACCGGGAAGAAGAUGUCGAGCAAGCAUGGCCGAUCAUCGUACGCCACAGUGCGGCUCAGGAGCACGAUGUGAAUAUUUCGACCAGUCACCUGUACUGAAAUGCGGCCAGGUGUGGGAAUUACAUUUGACCUUUUGGAAGCGCAGAAAUAGAACAAAUUACCAACAAGAGCGUGAACUUUGAAGUUUUUCACAUUGGGUCUCGCUUACAUCGAGUCCUAUCUGAUUGUCUUCUGCAGUUUGACAACGUCCCCAUCCACGACUCAACAUAGAUUGAACCUCGGAAGGAUAAAGCGCCAAGGCAAGUAUCCCUCAUUAUCCCACAGAUGUAGACAAGAAGCCAGAGC